AUGCAGCGAUUGCUCUGAUCCAUAUGAGAGCGUACGAUACCCCUCGUCUCCUCGUUUCCUUCACGACCGAGUGAUCUCCAGCCAAACAAGGCCGCCAGACAACUGUAUCUGCAUCGAGCUAGUCUGUCCUGCAGGUAUUUCUUCCACCUGGAUAACCAUGUGUCCAAGCCGUUUCUCGGCGCUCUUAUCCGUCCUUGUCUCACGCAAUUCCACAAGCAGCGCCUUGGGGGGUACGUUCAAUGGCUUUGGAGUUAAUAGAUUCACAUCUGCCUGGGCGCCGACGUAUCCACUCCAAUGCAUCCUGUUCUGUGUCACUAUAUUCAUUGCCUGCGCACGUGCGGCAGCCAUCGCGGGUGUUACCACCGCUACCCCCGGCUGUGGGGGGGCCGGGUCGUGGAAGAUGACGGGGUCGUCACGAAAAAACAGGCUCGUGGCGUCGCAUCGAGACGGGUAGAUCGAGUAAGUAUCACCCAGCCGCGAGAGCCGGAUGUGGAGGAAGUGUUUGUCGUGCGGGUCUGGCGCGACAUUUGUUGUCUGCUUGAUGCGGACCGUGUAGCUUGAGCGUGUUAUGAUCUCGACGACUGAGGCGGAAGCGAAGUAGAGAAGACAAGGCGAGAGCGAUGGGCGACAAGAGAUUGUAUUGGCGAAACAAGAGACAAGGACUAGAACAAGAGACGAGAAGAACUGGUGUUGAUCUGCUGGGGA